CAGGGUGUAUUUAAUUACUCCAAAAAAUCAACACAACAGAAACGUGCUCUGCUCUUCAUCUUCCUCUUUCCCAAGGUAUAUGCUAAUAAACCAGAGUCAACAGCCAGCACUUUCAGCUUCCAGUUUUGCACUACCAGGAUUUGAUAAAGCAAAACAAACAACACCUAACAGCAACUCCUCUGCUUUGUCAAGUGCUAUAGUGAAAGUAUUGCAAUGAUGUUGAGCGGGAAAACAGGUGGAUCGUCUAGGUUGUUGAAGCCUGCAGCAGCUUCCCAAGAUGUGCAGCUUCUUGAACUUCUGGCUGCAAGAUCAGCAAAAAUAUCUGAAAUACUCAAAGAGAGCCCCCAGGAGGGUCUCUCUCAUUUCCUCCAAGAAAUGCCAGCUGAAGCAAAGACUUUUGAUCUUGUCAUCAAAUUCUGCUAUGGGUAUGAACUGGACUUGUCCACCGAGAAUGUUGUACCAGUCACUUGCCUUGCUUUCCACUUAAAGAUGACUGAAAGUCAUAGCAGAAAUAAUCUUUUACGCAAGGCCCUUACUUUCUUUGAACAAAGAGUCCUCCUUAGCUGGAAUGAAACAAUUAAGGCUCUCUGUACCGUGGAAAACAUAUACAAGCACGCUGUCAAUUAUGGCUUGGUAGAUGCCUGUAUAGAGUCUCUCGUUGCAAAGGCAUUGGCAGAUCCUAGCCUUCUUGGUGAACCAAUGAAGAAUUUGAUCUGUGCUGAUGAUAGGGAGGAUGCUGACAUUGUCUAUAGGACAAAUGCAAGGAGAAGGCUCUUUGAUCUUGAAAGGCAGUCUGAGGAUUUGACAGUGCUGCCUCUCCUACUUUAUGAGUCUAUCAUUCUUGCAAUGAAUAAGCGUGUUGUCCCACCAAAGAAUGUGGCUGUAUCCCUCUCUGCAUAUGCAAACAAGUGGGUGGUUUCAUCCAUCUCCACAGGGAGGGAAAAAAUGUCAAUUUAUAAGAGGAAUUCUGAAAGGGAAGUCAUUGAAGCUGUGGAAAGGCUUUUAUCUCAUGAGAGAGGAAUCCUUUCUUGCACGGUAUUGUUUGACAUGCUGCGAUCCGCAUUAAUUUUGGAAGCAAGCUCUGACUGCAAAAAUGGUUUCGAGGUCCGGAUCGGAAAACAACUAGAGGAGGCCACCGUCAAAGACCUCUUUAUACCUUUUCAAGGAAACUCCAAGGAAGAUAUUGAGUGCUUGAGGGAGAUACUGAAAACUUUCUAUGGAAACUACCCUCAUUCCAACCUAUCAGGAUUAAUUGCAGUGGCAGAACUCUUGGAGAGAUUCUUGGCAGAGGUUUCGAGUAACAUAGAUUUGAAGCCAGCGGAAUUUGUUUCAUUAGCAGAUAUAUUAAUUGCAGCAUCGCUGGUAACUCAAAGAAGAUCUGAUGGAAUUUAUAGAGCUAUUGACAUCUACUUGCUCAAUCAUAGAUACCUGACCGAAUCAGAGAGAGAGGAAGUGUGCCUGGUGCUGGAUUGCCAAAAGAUGUCACCUGAAGCUCGUGAACAUGCAGCCAGAAAUGAAAGAUUGCCAUUAAGGGUGGUAGUGCAGGUUUUGUUUGUGGGGCAGCUGCAGCUGCGCGACACAAUCUUGGGGGAGAUUCAGGAUUCUGACAACAAAUUAAGAAAGGAGGUGGGAGGGGAUGAUCUAGCGAAGCUGGACUGUGGUGAGGAACAAGUGAGGAAUGAAAUGGAGAAAAUGAGCCACAAGGUGAUGGAACUAGAGAGGGAAUGCUGUAUGAUGAGGAAAGAGAUCCAGAGUGGUUGCAGCCAAAGUGUCAAAAAAGAGAAAGUUGGCAUGUGGAGAGAAAUGAAGAGGAAGUUCGGGUGCACCACUAGCAUGCACGACUAUAACUGCCAGAUAAAGAAGAAAAAGGUGCAUCCAAAAUAAGGAAUAUGACAAGAAGAUUCAUGCUCCAACUAGUUAUUUCUUUGUCAUCUAGUUUUUCCCAUAUUUUAUUAGCUUCCAUGGUUAACAUGACCAGAGUCCUUUGCUGGAGGCCAGGAAACUGAUUGGAGUCCUGGAACUUUAAAGUUUUCUAGUUGUUACACCUUUUAAGCUUAGCUAAUUUCUCUCCCAUCCUGAUCAAUAUACAAAUUGAAGAAGGAGCCCAUUUUUCUCAUCUGAAAAUGAUCUAGAAUAGCCACAAAC